UUACCAUGUAGUUCAGUCGAGUGACAAACGUCGUAUAACAAUCAUGUAUAAUCCACAAGAGAAGAAUAUUGAUUUGAUCCGUGAAUACUUUCCUAGUUAUAACACAGCUAGAUUUCAAGAUCAGCCGGAACCCAAUGUAGCUGUACAAGACCACUUUCUGCGCGUCACCUCUCAGCACACGCAAGAGCUGACGACCAAAUCUGACAUCAAAGUUCACAAUUUGCGUUAUGGCGGCACUGAUGAUAGACGACUAGUUGAUGUUUUCUAUAAGGCCGGCACAGCAGAGCAGCCUUCGCCUCUCUUUGUUUACGUCCAUGGCGGCUAUUGGCAGAUGCUUGAUAAAUCACAUUCGUGUUCGAUUGUCGGCCCUCUGGUGCGUCGUGGCUAUCGUGUCGCCGUCAUGGACUACAAUAAUUGUCCACAGGUGACACUGGCGGAGCUACUGCAGCAGUUUACCGAAUUUGUGCUAUGGAUUUUCAACUACGCAGAAGAAACGAAAGCAACUGAGAUUAGUUUUGCAGGUCAUUCGGCUGGUGCCCACCUCCUUGCUCAAUUGUUACACGUUCCAUCAUUAAUUUCGGAGGAGCGCCGCCAGAAAGUGGGCGUCUUAUUCUUUAUAUCCGGCGUUUAUGAUUUGCGCGAGCUUUGGCAACUCGAUCCUGUGAAUCCCAAUAAUAUCUUUGGCUUGAAUGCUGACAGUGCCAAGGAGCUGUCGCCCAUUUUAUGGCCAUGGCCGGCUGAUAGUCCAUUCUGGUCUGGCGUCCAAUCGCAUGUUAUAGUCGCAGAGCACGAGAGCGUGACCUUCAUCGAGCAAAGUCGUGUUUUUGCCAAGAAUUUGCAGGAUGCUGGAUUUAAAGUUACAUUCAAGAUUUUCGAUAAAUACGAUCAUUUCGAUAUUAUCGAGGAAACCGUCCACGACAAUUCACCCAUAACUAGCUAUCUGCUAGGAGCGUUGCCGACGAAAAGUUAAAGCGCAGGAAGUUUCAAGCUAAACGCCGAUAACACCGAUAACUUCGAUAGCAAGGAGCAGGCAGUGCAAUCAUUUUAAAUUAGUUGACAACGGUAAGAAAAAAGUGCUGAAAAAGUGUAGGUGAUUUGAUUUUUUCAUUUUAUUUCUUAUGCCAUUAGUGUUUUUUUAAAACAUACACUUAAAUGUAAUAGUAGUUGCAUUUCAUAUAUACACUAUCUAAGCGUUUUUUGCGCACUAAAAUAGUUACAGUUAGAGAACAGCAUCCACAAAGUGCUGCGAAUAAUUAAUGUAAACUAAAUUAAAAUAUACAUAUAUAUGAUACAUAGAUUAUAAAUAUAAUUGAAAACAAUUAAUAUAUCGUAAAUGGAAGUGUAACAAAUUGUGCGCAAUAUGAGA